AUGGAUCUUAUGCGGGGCGUGCCGCUUCACGUGGCCCUAAGCGGCUGGGCAAAGCAUUGGGUGUCCCUCAACGGCAUGUUCAACCUGAGCCCCUCCAGCUACCAGCUCAGCAGGCCGGUGGAGAGCUUGGAGAACUUCCUGAGCCAUGACUGGGCGACUUCCCGCUGGCUGAAGCUUCUGUCCCUCUUGAUUAUCUUCAACAGCAAGCCCGCUGCGGUGGCCACCUUCCUGGUGAGUAUCUCUGUGGGCCUGGUGGCGAUCUUUUUGCAGCUUCCGCAAGAGUCAUGGGUCUGGCUCACGCUUCCCGGGCACAUCACCUGGCUGCUGGUGUUCUGCUUUUGGCAGCGUCUCCGGAGCUUUGUGACCCAGCCGACCAUGGUGUUUAUGGACAAGAUUUGCAUUGCCCAGCACGACGAUAACUUGAAGGAAAGGGGCAUUCUGGGUUUGGCUGCCUUCGUGCGGAGUUCGAAUAAGCUCACCAUCCUUUGGUCGCCGCGGUACUUUACAAGGCUCUGGUGUUCUUUCGAAAUAGCGACCUUUCUCCGUGAUGCGAGCAGAAGUGGUCCGAAGCUCAAGCCGAUCGAAAUUAUGCCUGUGAAGAUGGCGUUUCUGCUGGUGAUCUUGGCCAUCCACGCCCAUGCGCAGAGCUUGGGCUUCCGGUUCUUGUCCUACAUGGCCUCCCAGGCCCAGAGCUCCCGGGGACUCUGGGUGUUUCUGUUAGCAGUGAUCACUCUUGAAGCCUUGCUGGCACAGCCCUUCAUUUUGUACAUCGGCAUCGACCUCAUGAAGGAGGUGGAAGAGCUACCAAGGCAGCUCAAGGCCUUCAGCAUUCGUUCGGCCCAAUGCUUUUGCUGCUCCAACGGGCACUUGAACCCUGAGACCAAGCAGGCCCUUCCCUGCGACCGGCUGCUAGUGUACCAGACCCUCAGGGAGUGGUUUGGCAACGAGGAGGACCCCAGCGUCGACUACUUGGACACUUUCGAUACCUUGGUGCAGAAGCGUUUGUUUGGCAAGGUCAUGAGGUCCGUGACAAGUGGUUGGUACAUCAGCUACUCCCUCACCAUGAUGUUUGUGGCCAGUAUGCCGUAUUUUACUCUAUGCAUGUUGGAGACGGCACAUGGGCCGGAUUCUUUGGAAGGCGAAUUAUGGAUUUGGCUGGUGCGGCAGUUUCUGAAGGCUGCCAAGUACCCAGCGCUGAACGUUUUGACCUUCUGCACUUACAUGGCCAUGUUCAAGCUUGGCGCGGUACUGAUGAGGCGGUGGUCCCAGCUGGUGUCCACCGUCCUCCUGGUGCCUUUGACCCUGGCGUUGCUCCUCGUGUGGUUUGUGCCGGUGGAGAUGAGCUUCAGCUUCACCGGCGGCCUGCUGCCCUUGGCGGCAGUGCUCUGCGAGGCGCUGCUGGCGGGGCUCCUGUGGUACCUCACCUUCCCCAGCGCGGAGCCGUGUGAGGCGAAGGACGUGAAGAUGCACCACGUGGGCUCCGUUGGCUCCAUCCCAGCCCUCGAUGCCUAUGAUGCCUUCUCAAUCUGA